AUGUUCUUAGUUCUUGUGGUGUUUGAAUUUAUAAGUUUUACUUAUAGUAGGGAAACUUUGUCACCCUGCGAAGAUAUGUUUAAAAAGAACAAGCGAGGUCUUGAAUCCAAUUUUAAUUGCUUAAUGGAAAACUAUAAUUUGACUGAAACUCUUUCGGAUGUUAUUUUAAAACUGGAUCAGGUUCAACAAGUAUUGGAUAAAAUUACAUCAGAUGAAGGGGAAUAUAAAGCAUCGCCUUUUAAAAACAUAGAUGAUAUAUUGGACAUAUCGAGUGAUAUUUCUCAUAAAGAUUGUCAUGAGAAGCGACAAAUUAUACGAGCUAUCCGUAGAAAACUUGAAUGGGUUAAUGUAAUGAACGGUAAAGAUACUACUCUCUUUCCCUCUCUCUGGAAAUCUGAUCUUAAUAAGCCUGAGAUUACUAGGGAUAAGGAGAUCUCACCUGAGAUUCAAAUGAGGACCGAGGUUUCACCCUUUUUGGAUGAUGUCCGUUGCCUGCUGGCGAAUGCCAUUCGAAACUCAGGUAAUAAAUUAAGCUUUUAA